UUUUUUUUUUUUUUACCACACAAAAAAAAGUUUGUAUUUUAACUAUUUUUAAUUUUCUUUUCUGUUUGUAUCUAUAAAUACACUACAUACGUAUAUAAAAAACAAAUACUUGAAACAAGAAAAAGAAAGGCGAAAAAAAAAAUAGAAAGCGAGUGAGAUUCUUAUCUACCAAUUACAUAGAGAUCAAGUAUGCCUCUAUCAUCCACCAAUCGCAAAUUAUCCAAUCCCAGCCCUACCCGAAAUCAACUUGUGGAACGAUCUUCAACACUCCGAGGAUGCGAGCCAUGUAAAAGUCGAAAGCAAAUAUGCAAUGGACAACGCCCUUGUACACACUGUAAAGCAAGACAACAAGAUUGUGUCUAUAGUGUCGUUUCCGAUCACCCAAGAAGUGUGUUUACUACCAACACAGCUCGCCGUUUAAGCUCGGGCUCUGCUUGUGAAACAUGCCGAAGACGAAAAACAAAGUGUGAUGGUGGUAGUCCUUGCAGUUUUUGUGCUAGUAGUGGCAUUGAAUGUAUCAAUAAUUCUGAACGAAGAAAACGCUCUGUGUCUUCCUCUUCUCCACUCAGUUCGCCUUCUAUCACGAACACAACAUCAACAGACAACACAAGUAAUAAUGAAGCUAUUGAUCGUAUUGAAGAUCGUUUACGUCGUAUCGAGAAGCUCAUGACAGCAUUUACACCCAGCCCCUUAUCUUCUCCUUUUACAAAAGAAAUUCAUGAUUUGAAGCGUGCUGCUACUGGAUUUCGAAAAUUAUCUUCCCCUCAUUUACAAAGACCCUCACUUGUCGCAACACGUCAACAUAGACACUCUAUACAAAGCAUUUCUCCUGCACCAUCAUCUAAAGAAAAGAGUAAGUAAACCGUAUCUAUUGUAUGCUGUAUUAAUCUUGUGCCAUAGAAGACAACAAUGCACCCAAUACAGAACAGCAGUCUUCCCCUUCACCCCCUCUUUCACCACACAGUGCUAAAACUAUAUCUCAGUCUACAAAUGCCAUGGCUUCUUCUAUGUUAAAUCUAUCACUAUCCCCUUCCUCCUCAUCUACUUCUUCUUCAUCUUAUAUACAGCCUUCUGCCUCUACACCUACAUCGACUUUUGUACCUAUGAAACAAUCCAACGAAGCUAAUGAAUGGAAACAACCAGCACCUAUUCCAAGCUUAAUGGGUAAGCAUCUACGCUGCACUUUAUUCUUUUAUUUACCUUUCUCUCUUUUUCUUUAUAGAUCAACUUUCUAAAUGCACUUU